CCCACAUACAUGCACGCGCGCCGCCGCACGCUCCCGCGCACACGCCCCUGGGGGAAGGAAGGAGCCGCGGCCGGACGCCCCGCAGCCCCCGCCGCCGCCGCCGCCGCCGCCGCCAGGAGCAGCCGCCCCCCGCACCGCCACCACCGCCGGCUUCUGCCCGCCGCCCCCGCGGGAGCCCACCCUGCGCCCGGCCGGCGGCAGCAUGGACGCGGCGCUGUGACCCGCCGGGGGCGGAUUGGGAAGUUUGAAUAAGGAUUUUAUCGCUUCCCUUUCCCCCCUUCUCCCCCUACGGUGCGGCUCGGUCCCUGCCCCCAUCUUCCCCGACAGGUUUUUUUUUUUUUGUUUGUUUGUUUGUUUCCCCCAGCAUUUUUUUUUCUUUUAAUCCGCCGCUUGGGGUUGGAUUUUUAUUAUUAUUGUGUUUUUAUUUGAUUUGGUCGAACCCGUCUCUACCGGCCGUAGAGACCGGUGCCCGCGGGCGGCCGAGCGCCACCUCCGACCCGGCCCGCGGGGCUGCCAUGGAUCGCACCGGCGGCUCCGGCGGGGGCAGCGACCGCAGGCAGCCCGAGGAGAGCAAGCCGCUGCUGGGCGAGAUGUCCGCUCCCGAGGGGAAUAAAAUGGGUGCCGCGCCGUGCCGGAGAGCCCUGCUCCACUGCAACGGCAUGAGGUACAAGCUGCUGCAGGAGGGGGACAUCCAGGUGUGUGUCAUCCGGCACCCCCGGACGUUUCUCAGCAAGAUCCUCACCUCCAAGUUCCUGCGGCGGUGGGAGCCGCACCACUUGACCCUGGCGGACAACAGCGUCGCCUCGGCCACGCCAACUGGGUACAUGGAAAACUCCAUUUCCUACAGUGCUAUUGAAGAUGUUCAACUGCUCUCCUGGGAGAAUGCCCCUAAGUACUGUUUACAGCUCACGAUCCCGGGGGGUACUGUCUUACUGCAGGCUGCAAACAGUUACCUGAGGGAUCAGUGGUUCCAUUCUUUGCAGUGGAAGAAGAAGAUUUACAAGUACAAGAAGGUGCUCAGUAACCCCAGCCGCUGGGAGGUGGUGCUGAAGGAGAUCCGGACGCUGGUGGACAUGGCGCUGACGUCCCCGCUGCAGGACGACUCCAUCCACCAAGCACCUCUGGAGAUUGUCUCCAAACUGCUCUCAGAGAACAACAACUUAACCACUCAAGACCAGGAGAGCAUUAUUGUGGCAAUUGCACCUCUGCUGGAAAACAACCAUCCUCCUCCUGACCUCUGUGAAUUCUUCUGCAAGCACUGCCGAGAGCGCCCGCGGUCCAUGGUCGUGAUCGAAGUGUUCACACCGGUGGUACAGAGGAUUCUCAAACACAACAUGGAUUUUGGGAAGUGCCCUCGGUUGCGGCUCUUUACUCAGGAGUAUAUUCUGUCUUUGAACGAGCUGAAUGCUGGAAUGGAGGUGGUGAAGAAGUUUAUUCACAGCAUGCAUGGUCCAACGGGACAAUGCCCACACCCCAGAGUCCUGCCAAAUCUUGUAGCUGUCUGCUUAGCAGCCAUUUAUUCGUGUUACGAGGAAUUUAUCAACAGUCGGGACAAUUCGCCAAGCCUGAAGGAAAUUCGGAAUGGCUGCCAGCAGCAGUGUGACCGAAAGCCCAACCUCCCCCUCCGCCUUCUGCACACAAGUCCUGACUUGGUCUCUCAGGAGGCCACCUUGACUGAAUCCCGUCUCAAACCGGUUAUUGUCACUGCAAACGAGAUCCACGUGGAAGUGGAGCGCAACAACACCGCGAACCAGAAGAUGACGGCCAGCGUGGGCAACGACAGCGAGCCCAACCUCAUCGACUGCCUGAUGGUCAGCCCCACCUGCAGCACCAUGAGCAUCGAGCUGAGCGCCCAGGCAGACAGGAUCCUGGGCUGCUACGUUGAAAUACUGAAGAUGCUGUCAGACUAUGAUGACUGGAGACCAGCCCUGGCCAGCUUGCUUCAACCUAUCCCGUUUCCCAAGGAGGCUCUUGCACAUGAGAAAUUCACAAACCCGGUGUGGGAGACGCUGGUGAUUAUUGGCAGGAAUUUUAACCUUCCCAAUGUCUUCACUUUUUGGCAGGUCCACUCCUGUUUGCUGAGCGUGCGGGCUGGCAAAGACGGCUGGUUCCAGCUCUACAGCCCUGGAGGGGUGGCCUGUGAUGAUGAUGGAGAGCUGUUUGCCAGUAUGGUUCAUAUUUUAAUGGGAUCCUGCUAUAAAACAAAGAAGUUCCUCCUUUCACUGGCUGAAAAUAAAUUAGGACCUUGCAUGCUGCUGGCUCUGAGGGGUAACCAGACGAUGGUAGAGAUUUUGUGCUUGAUGCUGGAGUACAACAUCAUCGAUAACAACGACACCCAGCUCCAGAUCAUCUCCACCCUGGAAAGCACCGACGUGGGAAAGAGAAUGUAUGAACAGCUGUGUGAGAGGCAGAGGGAGCUGAAGGAGCUGCAAAGAAAAGGUGGCCCCACAAGGUUAACACUGCCAUCCAAGUCCACAGAUGCAGACCUGGCCCGCUUGCUAAGCUCGGGAUCUUUUGGGAAUCUGGAAAACCUCAGCCUGGCCUUCACCAACGUGACAAGUGCUUGUGCUGAGCACCUCAUUAAACUGCCUUCGCUCAAGCAGCUGAACCUGUGGUCGACUCAGUUUGGAGACGCGGGGCUGCGGCUCCUGUCCGAGCACCUCACGAUGCUGCAGGUGCUCAACCUGUGCGAGACGCCGGUGACGGACGCGGGGCUGCUGGCGCUGAGCUCCAUGAAGAGCCUGUGUAGUUUAAAUAUGAACAGCACCAAACUUUCAGCAGAUACCUAUGAAGAUCUCAAGGCUAAACUACCCAACCUGAAAGAGGUGGACGUCCGCUACACCGAAGCGUGGUGAACUCCUCUCCCUGCCUCCGACUCUUCUCUUUUGCUUCUCGUGAGAAGGAAAAGAUUUUUAAAACAGAAUAAAAACAAAACAAAAAAAACACUGAAACAAACAACAAACCGGAAAAUAACUUUUGGCUAAUACCUGUAGAGCAGUGAGCCCGGGGACUUGGUGGCAGGAGUUGUGGUUGUGGGGUAGCGGAGUGGCGUUGUGUGUGUCGGUGGGGACGGGGAAAGCCUGGACCCCGUUGGAUUCUUUCAGCUUUGUGAUUUCAGAAUCAACAUAAUUUAAAUUGAAAAGGAAACAAACAAACAAAAAAAAAGGACUUUGUAGCAGCAAGAGGAUUAUAAAGAGGAAAAAAACCCACCACCUUUGUGGAUUUUAUUUGCCUUUGUGUUUUAUGCCGUGUGGAGAAAAAAAAAAAAUAUUCAUUUGUCAUUACUUACCUGGGUUUCCUUGGCUGGGACCCAGCCAGCCAGAACUCCUCUUUCACCAGUUUUGCUCCAGAAAAUCAAACGUACAGAAAUCUCAAGAGAAGAAAACCAAAACCAAUAUGAUUUUCACCUCCCCCUCCGUGUCCUUGCAGUUGUUAUGCAAAGUAAUUUUGUUGUACAUAAGAUUUACAUAAUGCACCUAUUUAAGAAAAUGGUUCACAAAUAACAGGUCUGGGACCUGUCUUUUAUUUAUGAAUUGUUAAUUCUUUUACCCUUUUUUUUUUUUUUUUUUUGCGUUUAGUACUGUAUAAACUAGUUUGCUGUCUUGUUGUUAUUAUUAUUUUUUUUUAAAGGAAAUGUCCUCCUUGAAGAAUUGCCUUUUAGUAACGCAGACUGUAUUAUACUCCCUCUCUGUCAACAUUCAUCGCGUUGUCUUUUUGAUUUCAAAAUGCCUCAAACGUUGUCAAAUAGGAAGGAAAAUGCUGAGGGGAGUGGGGGGUGUGGUCGCUGGGGGAGGGGAUACAGGGAUUAAUAAAAGUCACGUUUCCUUCCAAAGUCUGAAAACUUUCUUUAGUCUCUUAAACCACGUCAGGUUUGAACACGGGAGACGGGAACGAGUCUUCGUUCGUUUUGCCAGUGGGGUGUUCUCAAAACUGUAGAUUUUACCGGUUGCCUCCUCCGUUGUUUUCUGUUUAAGUCCGAUAUUUCAAAAAGAGGAAAAAAAAAGUUCUCCCUCCAUGUUGUGCAUCAGCUUUUUCUGGUUUUUUUUUUUGUUUUAUUUUGUUUUUCUCCCCUGCCCUCCCUCCCUCACCUGUUCUGUGCACGCAUUGUUCUGCAUGUUCCUCUGGGGACUCUGAGGAAAUCGCGGUGUUGCUGAUCCGAUAGCUCUGUCUGUAAAUGUGACUGCUACAUUUUUCAAAUUCCACAGUUGCUUAGAAGAUGAUUUUUUAAAAAAUUGUGGUUUCUUUUAUAACUAUGCUGUUGACUUUUUUUUUUCAUAAUGAGCCUUCAUUGUACAGAGCUGCUUAUUUAAAAAAA